UGCAACCUGCUCCCUUCGGGGAGGGAUCUUCCCCGCUCCAGCUUCUGCUCGCCGGGCUCCGCCAGGCUGGAGGGCAGCAGAGCCAGGAGGAACGGAGACCCAGCGCUGCCCGUUAACAGUCCCGGCAGGAAAGCCAUCAUAAUUACUCACCGCGCUAAUUGCCCGUCAUUAAAGUUCAGGAAACGGUCCGAAGAGGAGCUCAGAGUCGAGGAGGGGGCAGGUGGUGUCUGGGGCUUCCGGCAGGCCAGGGUUAAGCGCUUGCCUGCUCCCUGCCUCCCGGCUUGAGGCCAGCGCGUCUUCAGUGGGAGGCCAGCCACUGCCAGGGACCCGGGAGCGACGCCGCCAGCCCGGCUGGACCCCCUCCCCCACCACGGCCUCUAGAAGGGGGCAGCAAGUGGGGGUUCCCGGGUACCAAGCCCCCUGCCCAGCCGGCGCCUGGGGGCGCAGAGAGCCAGAGGGGCUGCAGGGACACCGAGAUGGCCGAUGAGAUUGACUGGCUGGACCUGCCCGGCCGGUGGGCCUACGGAGUUGACGGUGGUGGGAGAAUCUUCUUCAUCAAUGAUGAGGAAAAGUCAACCAGCUGGGUGCAUCCUGGAACAAAGUCACCCAUCCAGAGUGGACACACCUCCUGCCCAGGUUUGCCCAAGGGCUGGGAAGUGGAUUCCACCCAGGAAGGAGCUGUGUAUUUCAUCAACCACAAUGAAAGACGGAACACAUUUCUACACCCAGUGACUGGCCAGGUCCCAGACGAAAACAAAACAUUUGACUUGAAAAUAUCAGCCUUGGACAUGUCCAAUAAAACAGGUGGGAAACGCCCGGCUACCACCAACAGUGACAUACCCAACCACAACAUGGUGUCCGAGGUCCCUCCAGAGCGGCCCAGCGUCCGGGCAACUCGCACACCCCGCAAAGCUGUCGCCUUUGGCAAGCGCUCACACUCCAUGAAGCGGAACCCCAAUGCACCUGUCACCAAGGCGGGCUGGCUCUUCAAACAGGCCAGCUCCGGGGUUAAGCAGUGGAACAAGCGCUGGUUCGUCCUGGUGGAUCGCUGCCUCUUCUACUAUAAAGAUGAGAAGGAAGAGAGUAUCCUGGGCAGCAUCCCCCUCCUGAGCUUCCGGGUAGCCGCAGUGCAGCCCUCAGACAACAUCAGCCGGAAACACACGUUUAAGGUGACUGUGUGCUGGGUGGAUGAGGCCGAGGCCAGCUCCACGCACUGCCUCUCCCCACAGGCCGAGCAUGCCGGGGUCCGCACCUACUUCUUCAGUGCUGAGAGCCCCGAGGAGCAAGAGGACUGGAUCCAGGCUAUGGGGGAGGCUGCUCGAGUACAGAUCCCUCCAGCCCAGAAGUCAGUGCCCCAAGCUGUGCGGCACAGCAGCCAUGAGAAGCCAGACUCGGAGAACAUCCCACCCAGCAAGCACCACCAGCAGCCGCCCCACAACAGCCUCCCCAAGCCUGAGCCAGAGGCCAAGACUCGAGGGGAGGGUGAUGGCCGAGGCUGUGAAAAGGCAGAGAGAAGGCCAGAGAGGCCAGAAGUCAAGAAAGAGCCUCUGGUGAAAGCCAACGGCCUCCCAGCUGGACCGGAGCCAGCCUCAGAGCCAGGCAGCCCUUACCCUGAGGGCCCAAGGGUGCCAAGGGGUGGGGAACAGCCUGCCCAGCCCAAUGGCUGGCAGUACCACUCCCCAAGCCGGCCAGGGAGCACAGCUUUCCCGCCUCAGGACGGAGAGACUGGGGGACACCGGCGGAGCUUCCCGCCACGCACCAACCCUGACAAAAUUGCCCAGCGCAAGAGCUCCAUGAACCAGCUUCAGCAGUGGGUGAACCUGCGCCGGGGAGUACACCCACCUGAAGACCUUCGGAGUCCCUCUAGAUUCUACCCUGUGUCUCGCAGGGUCCCUGAGUACUACGGCCCCUACUCCUCCCAGUACCCUGAUGAUUACCAGUACUACCCGCCAGGGGUGCGGCCAGAGAGCAUCUGCUCCAUGCCGGCCUAUGAUCGGAUCAGCCCGCCCUGGGCCCUGGAGGACAAACGCCAUGCCUUCCGCAACGGGGGCGGCCCUGCCUACCAGCUGCGAGAGUGGAAGGAGCCUGCCAGCUACGGGCGGCAGGAUGGCACCGUCUGGAUCCCAAGCCCCUCCCGGCAGCCAGUCUAUUAUGAUGAGCUGGAUGCUGCCUCUAGCUCCCUGCGCCGCCUGUCCCUGCAGCCCCGCUCCCACUCUGUGCCCCGCUCACCCAGCCAGGGCUCCUACAGCCGUGCCCGCAUUUACUCCCCUGUCCGCUCGCCCAGUGCCCGUUUUGAGCGACUGCCACCUCGCAGCGAGGACAUCUAUGCUGACCCUGCUGCCUAUGUGAUGAGGCGAUCCAUCAGCUCCCCCAAGUAUGAUUACCUGGGAGACAGGCGGCCAGUCCCUGCAGGACUGUUCCCCUACAACUACCCACCAUCCCCCACGGUCCACGAUAAGAUGGUCCCUCCGUACCCAGAAGUGUUCCGGGACAGCCUCCAUACCUACAAGUUAAACGAGCAAGACACAGAUAAGCUGCUGGGAAAAUUGUGUGAGCAGAACAAGGUGGUGAGAGAGCAGGACCGGCUGGUGCAGCAGCUUCGAGCAGAGAAGGAGAGCCUGGAAAGUGCCUUGAUGGGGACCCACCAGGAGCUGGAGAUGUUUGGAAGCCAGCCCGCCUACCCAGAAAAGCUGCGGCACAAAAAGGAUUCUCUGCAGAACCAGCUCAUCAACAUCCGUGUGGAGCUGUCUCAGGCGACCACGGCCCUGACGAACAGCACCAUAGAGUAUGAGCACCUCGAGUCUGAGGUCUCUGCCCUGCACGAUGACCUCUGGGAGCAGCUCAAUUUGGACACCCAGAAUGAGGUGCUGAACCGGCAAAUCCAAAAGGAGAUCUGGAGGAUCCAGGAUGUGAUGGAGGGGCUGAGGAAGAACAACCCCUCCCGGGGCACAGACACUGCCAAGCACAGAGGAGGACUUGGCCCCUCAGCCACCUACAGCUCCAACAGCCCGGCCAGCCCCCUCAGCUCCGCCAGCCUCACCAGCCCCCUGAGCCCCUUUUCACUGGUGUCGGGCUCUCAGGGGUCCCCCACCAAGCCUGGCUCCAACGAGGAACCUGGCCCGCCUCGGCCUCCCCUCCCCAAAGCCUACGUCCCCCUGGAGUCUCCUCCAGCCGUCCCUCCACUCCCUAGCGAGAGCCGCUUCUGGCCCUACCCCAGCUCCCCUUCCUGGCACCGCAGUGGCGAGACAGCCAGGGGGCAGCCCAAGGCAAGCUACGAACAAAGCAAGAAAGACCCCCACCAGACAUCACCCCUGGACACCCCCAGAGACAUCAGCCUUGUGCCCACCAGACAAGAGGUAGAGGCAGAGAAGCAGGCAGCUCUCAACAAAGUUGGUGUUGUGCCCCCUCGGACAAAAUCGCCCACUGACGACGAGGUGACCCCAUCAGCAGUGGUGAGGAGGAAUGCCAAUGGGUUCACCAAUGGACUCUCCUCCCAGCAGGAACGCCCCAAGAGUGCUGUGUUCCCUGGCGAGGGGAAGGUCAAGAUGAGCGUGGAGGAGCAGAUUGACCGAAUGCGGAGGCACCAGAGUGGCUCCAUGAAGGAGAAGCGGAGAAGCCUGCAGCUCCCGGCCAGCCCGGCCCCCGACCCCAGUCCCCGGCCAGCCUACAAAGUGGUGCGCCGCCACCGCAGCAUCCACGAGGUGGACAUCUCCAACCUGGAGGCAGCCCUGCGGGCAGAGGAGCCUGGUGGGCAGGCCUACGAGACACCCCGGGAGGAAAUUGCCCGGCUUCGCAAAAUGGAGCUAGAGCCCCUGCAUUAUGAUGUAGACAUCAAUAAGGAGCUCUCCACUCCAGACAAAGUCCUCAUCCCCGAACGGUACAUUGACCUGGAGCCUGACACUCCUCUGAGCCCUGAGGAGUUGAAGGAGAAGCAGAAGAAGGUGGAGAGGAUCAAGACACUCAUUGCCAAAUCCAGUAUGCAGAACGUGGUGCCCAUCGGCGAGGGGGACUCUGUGGACGUGCCCCAGGACUCAGAGAGCCAGCUGCAGGAGCAGGAGAAGCGGAUUGAAAUCUCCUGCGCCCUGGCGACCGAGGCCUCCCGCAGGGGCCGCAUGCUGUCUGUGCAAUGUGCCACCCCAAGCCCUCCCACCUCCCCUGCUUCCCCGACUCCUCCAGCCAACCCCCUGUCGUCUGAAUCCCCACGGGGCGCCGACAGCAGCCAUACCAUGCGGGUCUGAGCUCUGACUGCAAGCCCUGGCUGAGGCCAAUGCUGUGAAGCUCCACAGAGUCACAUUCUGAAGCCGUCCUCUGCCCACCUGAGGUCCUGGCUCCCCACCCUGGCCCCCUGCCCCUGCACUCCCAUGGGAAUGCCGCAGGGAGCCAGGCUGGGGCCACGGGCUGCUGCCGAGAGGAGCGUGGAUACCUCAGUGUCCACACACCCACUAUGCCUAACCCUGGAGCUCUCACUACUCACACCGUGGUCCUGGGCCAGGGCCUGAGAUGGCAGUGGGGAGCACCAUCCUCGUUAAUGCCCAAGUCACAGGGAGCCUCGGCCUUGCCCUGGCUGGGGUUGUGGUGACUCCAGUGGAACAAUCCCUGAUGGGGGACAUGCCGUGGUGGAGAACACACCUGUGGCUAUCUUAUGUAAGGACUAGAGGUGAAGAGGAGAUGGACACUGCCUCUUGGAGCCAGCCUGACACCGAGGACAGCACUUGUCAUCAUCCCUAUCCUCAUCAGCUCCACCCGGCUGCCUCAGCUGGACCCAGGGCUUUGACAAACCCAGUGCUUUGCUUAUGGGUGCUCGCUGGGGUCCAAUGGAGACUGACCACCCUGCUUGAGCCAAAGACAAGGUGAUGAGAGAUGGGGAGAGGCUAUUGGCUCCCAGAGGGAACAGUGCUGGUUGUGGCUAGAGAACAGCAGGUCUGUGCAGUGUCUGAGGGCAGGUUGGGAAGGGUAGCAGAGAGAGAGAGACAGAAAGAGAGAGAGAAAGAGAGAGAGAGAGAGAUCCUCAGAGUGGGAGGAGGGGGAAGCAGCAGGACAUAUUGGCAAGUCAAGCAGGAAGGAAGGAGAUGGAAAAGGGGUAUCGGAUUGGUUUCCCCAGGUGGAGCCUUAGGUUAGUGCCCAGUGCAGUGCCAGACUGUCUCCUCUGCUCCUCCCACCUCAUCCCCAGGAGGACCCACCAGUGGAGCACAGGUAGCCUCAGUGGAGAUGCUUGGUGUGGGGAUCUGAGUGAAGGGGGUUGAGUAGCGACUACCUGGGAGAUGGCUGUUGGUAGUUCUGUGCCUGGUGUCUGCCUCCCGGUCCUGGGGUAAGGGGCAGAGAGAAGGACUUGUCUUAUGUAGGGUGUGGUCAGCCUUGGGGCCUUACCUACCCAGUUCUGAGAUAUUUCUUGCCCUGUUCCCCCUGGAAUGUGCAGUGAUCCAGCUGAGAAUAUGCUUUGAGAAGGAGGGAUGAGGCCUUAAUCUGGGAGGCCUCCCAGGAUUUCAGGACCAUCCCCCAUCCCAGGCAUCCCAGAUGAGGACUGGCUGAGGCUAGGCGCUCUCACAAUCCACCUGCCCAGGGAGGGCAGUGGGGAAGAGACAGAAAAGCAAAGCGCAUUCUUCCUCAGCUCCACCCACCUGGAGAUGAAUGUAGCCAGAGAGGAGGAAGGAGGGAAGCUGCAGACACCGUGGCCCCUAGGCCUUCACUCUGCUAGAGUUGCCACCCAGAGGCUUCAGCCUGACCUCCAGCGGUCCCAAGAACGCCUACUAACUCCUCUCCACUCCUUCAUGGCUGGGACAGUUACUGGUUCAUAUGCAAGUAAAGAUGAAAAUUUACUCAACAAAUAUUUAUCGAGCACCUUUUAUGUACCAGGCACUGUUCUAGGUGCUUAGGAUAUUCUCAUGUUUCUGAGGGAUUACAGCCUGGGAGGAUUCCACCAAUCUUCACUUCUAGCAGGUUUUUUAAACGUGACCCUUGGCUAUAUUUCCCAUCUUCACAGUUCAAGCACCCCAAACCUGCCCUUUCUCCCCUGCAGACUGGCAGGUGGGAUUGGCUCCCAGGUCAUCUUCUCUCCCUCUUUCCCCCACGCCUUUCUCCCUCCACAGGAAACAGAUUUUUCAGGGCCUUCCACUCCUGCCGCUUUGUCUGUCUCUUUUUUUUUUUUUUUUUAAGUAAUAUUUUUUAGAAAUACAUGUAAAAUACCAAGAAAUAAUGUGUGCACCUCUGCCACCUCUCUCCCACCUCUUAUUUCAUAAAGCUGGCUCUUUAUGUUGCUUUACAUGCCUUAAUAUAUGUUUUAUGGAGAUUAUACAUAUUAUAGAUCUAUAUAUAUAAUAUAUUUGUUUGGAUGUCUGAUCUUUUCCUACAGUUCCUGCCCAGGCCCGUUUUUCUCUCCCUUAUUUUCCAUAUCAUUCCUAGCAUAUCAAGGCCAUACCCCUUGCCUUUUUGAUCCAAAGAAGAGGAGAGGAAAGACUUAUUUUAAGACAGAUCUAUUUUAUGCUUUUGUUUAAAAAAAGCAAAUCUAUUUUCAAAAUGUGCAAUGUCUGAAUGGAAUUGGCACAUGAGGUGAGGAGAUGGGGUAACUGCCUUUAGGUCCCAGCCCUGUGCCCUUCCCUCUGCCACAGUGGCUUCCUUCCAUCCUAUUCCCCAGUCAGGAAAGGGCUGGUCCCCAGAGCUCACCCAGAGAGCAUCUUGCCAGGGGCAGGGCAUUCCCUCGGAAGUCCUGGCCUAAGGAUUUUAUUACACUGUCCACUCCUGAUGGCCCUCUGCAGUUGUCAGGCGUGAAUCCUCUGGAAGGAACUGUUUGCAGUUGUAUGCACAAAGGAGACCCAUGCAGGCUUGCACCCCAAAUGGGCUGCUAGACUACCCCUCUUCAUCAGCCUGCUGGAAAGAGCAGACAGUGUAAUGGCAGCCUAUGCCAAACAGCACUAAGGAUGUUGGUCUACGAGAUGGUGUGAAGCCCAGAGGAGGCGGCUUGGGAUCCUCUGGGCCAUCCCUGGCCCUUUAGCACAGACACGUACAAGUUCCUUGGGCUUGUCACACUCCUUUUCACUCGAUCCCUCUCUGGUCUGGGUCACAUCUAUGACAUCCCCCCUCUGCAACCUUUCUCUCUGGGGGCUGUACCAAAGGCAUGGUACCUCAGUCUGGCAUCCAGACUGCGAAAUCAGCCUCUGAGCCGAGGAGGGUCCUUCAGACAAGGUGACAUCUCAACCUCACCCAAGAAACCCCCAGGACUUUACCCCAGCAGGCUGCCACGGGGGCACCGAACGAAGCCAGCUCAGCCUUCCAAACGGCUCAGCCUUUGUCAACCAUCAAAUUGGGCAAAGGGUCUCUGGCCUUGCAAGGAUUUGGGCAGGAUGGAAGUCUUUGUCUAGAUCUGAAAUCAAGGGCUUGGGAAUCUAGAGCCGAGCUCCUGGCCAGCGUCUGAAGCCUGGCCUCCCAGCUGGGGCGUUUACUGACACCCUGCCACCAGCCUAGAACAUCCCGCUCUGAAUGAACAGAGCGCAGGUGGGGAGCCAGGGCUAAGUGACCCACCUGGGGACGCUCUGAUUAUUCAUCCAGGGCCUUCUCAACGAGCACAUUACCUCCAUGAUCAAUAACCAAGAGGCUGCAAUCAAAUACUGCUACUGUCACUUUGAAGAUUUUCUGAGAUCGCAAGUGGCACACUUGCUCUCCGACCUUUGGGAGAGGCAUGUUUUUAGGCAGGGCUGGCUAUGGCAAGAGGGAACCAGUUCCUUUCUCCUUUAGGCACCCUCUACCUGGCAGCUCUUAAAACUAAGAAAAAAUAUUAUAUACACACACAUAUAUAUAUAUACACACACACAUAUAUAUCUAUUUAUGCACAUAUUGGGGCCAAUUUGAUUUGUUAGUAUUAGACAAUAAACCAUACAAGGAAAUUUAUGAUCUCAGUGUCUUUAUUUAGUAUAAAAGUGACCUUAGAAGAAGGUGAAGGUUAGCUAGAUGGAAUCUCUGUCGGGGGCAACCAGCUGUAGCAUCCCCUUAGCAUCUUUCUAGCCAAUGAGCCCCCUCCCCAGGAGGAGGGGACGGCCUGACUGAAACAGGUGAGAGUUUGCUUCCUCCUUUCAGCAGCAUUCUUUUCAGAUUUAGGUACCGAAGAAUUCCAGUGAGUUCUGCGUUUGUAUCUUGCAAGUUUGUAUAAACUCAAUACAGGAAAUAAAAUGAAUGUUUUGUA